UUGUUGAAACUCCCCUUUCAGGAUAAAAGCCUGUGCCGCAGGAUGUGCAAAUUCAUAAGUGCUUGCAGACUUAUAAGACAAUCUUCUUAGCUCUUACCAAUACUACAAGCUCAUCUGCUUGUAAUUAUUGCUGAUUAUGUGUGAUAGGAUUGUUAGAAUGGCUGCUUCUGUGUUGCUCUUGUGUCUUUUCUGCCUGGGAUCAGCAGAGGCUGGAAAGUUAUUAGUAGUUCCUUCAGAUGGCAGCCACUGGACAGGCAUGAAGCCUUUGGUGGAAGAGCUUGGCCGUAGAGGAAACCAGGUGGUGGUCGUCAUCCCAGAAGCAAGUCUGAGUAUGGGUCCUUCACAACACACCACUACUCUGACAUAUCCAGUACCCUACACCAAGACCCAGCUACAAGAGCAUGUGAAUGCAGGUGUUACUACUCUGACAAGUAAAGAUUUAUCUACAGAUCUGGCCAGGUUUCAGAAUUUCCUCAACACUAUGGAUCUGCUUAAUAUUCUUAUAACCCGGAAUGUUGAGGUAUUGCUCUCCAACGAAGCUUUGAUGAAGAAACUGCAAGAUUACAACUUUGAUGCUAUUCUCACAGAUCCAUUCGAGCCUGUCGGACCUAUAGCUGGUGAAUUUCUCUCAGUUCCAGCCGUUUAUAUACAAUCAACCCAUCCUUGUGGUGUCGACGCUCUCGCCAGUCAAUGUCCAGUUCCAGCCUCUUAUGUUCCACAACAUUUAACUCACUUUACUGACCGCAUGAAUCUUUGGCAAAGAAGUGUGAACCUGGUAAGGACUCUCCUGCAGCCCAUGGCUUGCGGACGUAUGUUUGCUCGUGCGGAUGAGAUUGCUUCGCGUGUACUGCAGAAAAAAACAUCGAUGGUGGAGAUCAUGAGCCGUGCAGCUCUCUGGUUUAUGGAUUCAGACUUUGUUUUAGAAUUUCCACGUCCGUUGAUGCCAAACAUGAUCAUAGUCGGAGGAAUGGACAGCAAGAAAGCAGGACCUUUGUCACAGAUGGCAGUCACUGGUUAGGGAUGAAGCCUAUUGUGGAGGAGCUGGGGAGGAGAGGAAACCAGGUGGUGGUCGUCAUCCCAGAGGCGAGUCUG